CGUUGUGUAUCGUUCCAGGAGAGCGGCAUGGCUCAACAGGCUAGUGACUUCGGGACUCCAGCUGGGUGGUUUCCAGCCCCCGAUCUGGGGUCCCUACCUAACAGCACUCCGCGGCCCGACAAUUGGACACUCUGGGCGAUGCUCCCUCCACCGCCACCUCCUUCGUCGUCUCAAGCGGCCGGGCCGGAGCCUUUCACCGUCGUGCAGCCUCCCGUGGAGGUGCAGUCUCUGUCCGGGGCGCCGCCUCCCUUCGACGCCCAGAUUCUUCCUGGGGCGCAGCCCCCUGUCGACGUCCAGACCUCCCUUGAUGCUCAGCCUCAACUCAGCAGCUAUCCCUACAAUUUCCAGGCUUCGACAUUAUGGUAUUGGGGACACUCGCCUGGUAGUUACCUUCGAUAUCAGAAUCCCCACAACCCGCCAGGUAAAUAUUCUUAUUUUCCACAAAAAUAUGAUCCAAACUUCGCUAACUUCAACUUCUCUCCCAGCAAAAAGCAGAAAAAGAAGAGAAGAAAGGAACCCAUUUUUUACUUUUUUUGUGAUACCUGUGAUCGUGGUUUUAAAAAUCAAGAAAAGUAUGAUCAACACAUGUCUGAACAUACAAAAUGUCCUGAAGUAGAUUGUUCUUUUAGUGCACAUGAGAAGAUUGUGCAGUUCCACUGGAGAAACAUGCAUGCUCCUGGCAUGAAGAAGAUCAAGCUGGAUACCCCAGAGGAGAUCGCGAGGUGGAGGGAAGAAAGAAGGAAGAACUACCCAACUCUGGCCAAUAUUGAAAGGAAAAAAAAAUUAAAACUUGAAAAAGAGAAGAGAGGUGAAGUAUUGACAACGACACAGUAUGGCAAGAUGAAGGGAAUGUCCAGACUUUCACAGAUGGCAAAGAUCAGAAAUCCUAACAAACUUCACAAGUGGAAAAAUGAUGGUGUCAAACAGAGACCAGUCAGUGAAUCAGGCAGUUGCUUCUGUGCUGCCAAGACUGAAGGUCCACCUGAAGCAAAUGCAGAUCCUCUUGGUGUUUUGAUCAACAGUGAUUCUGAGUCUGAUGAGGAGAAGUCACCAAAGACAGUUGUACCUAAGGAAGUGACACCAGCUCUGUGCUCACUCAUGAGCAGCUAUGGCAGCUUUUCUGGGUCAGAGAGUGAGCCAGAAGAAACUCCCAUCAAGACUGAAGCAGACAUUCUGGCAGAAAACCAGGUUAUUCUGGCAGAAAACCAGAUAAAUAGCACUGCUCCUAAGAGUCCAAGACAAGAUGUUAACACAACUGUUAGAAAUUGCUCAAGAGCCAAGUGUAAAAACCAACAAAAAGAUUUUAAAAAGACAAACCCUAAGAGGAAAAAAGAUUAUCACAAUUAUCAAACAUUAUUUGAACCAAGAACACACCAUCCGUAUCUCCUGGAAAUGCUCCUAGCUCCGGACAUUCGACAUGAAAGAAACGUGAUUUUGCAGUGUGUUAGGUACAUCAUCAAAAAAGACUUUUUUGGACUUAAUACAAAUUCUGGGAAAACUGAAGAUGUAUAAUUGCCAUCAGUUUCAGCAUACAACGGAAAGAUCAAAAAGCACCAUCCUCAAGUUAGUGGAGGAAAAUCAAAAACUAUUUUUUUUUCUCAAAACUAGUAAUUAAAUUUUAAGUCUCUUAAAAUAAUUAUGUUGGAUUUUCAAGUCUUUUCUUUGAUUCUGUGCAAAUAAAUACGUAGCUG